CAAUAUAUACCUAACCUGUUAGAUAUAAGUGCAGUCAUAAGAAAUAUGAAUGGUUCCUCUGCGUUGUUGGCUAUUGCUCAUAUUUUCUUGUGCUAUGUCCUCUUUUUCUCUUUUAAUAAUCCAUUUGGUUACGGUGCUACUGUGGCGGAGAAAAGCAAGCCAUCCAUCUGCUCGGGUCCCGAGACAGGUUUGCGGGUAGUCCAUAAAUAUGGACCCUGCUCACCAUUCGGCCUGAACAGGACAGCCGCCACUUCAAGCCAGAUUCUGGUCCAAGAUGAACACAGGGUUCAUGUUUUGAAUUCUAGGUCACACAAGAGGCGAACAGGCGGUCGGAAAAGGAAAAGGAAAGGGAGAGGGAAAAGGCGUGCAGGCGGUGGAAAAAGGAAGGGGAAAGGAGAAGCCGCCACAGGACUUGAUCUUCUAAACGAUUCAGUAGGUGCUGCCAAUUAUUUGGUGCAAGUUGGUUUCGGCACACCCGCAAAAUAUUUCAAUUUGGUUUUGGACACCGGCAGUUACAUAACCUGGGUACGGUGCCAACUUUGUACGGGGUCUUCUUGUCCACAACAACACAACGACUCCCUGUAUUAUCCUUCUUUUUCCGCAACUUCCUCAAUUGAUCCAUGUUGGCCGUGGUGUAAUUAUACUCAAAACUACAUGGACCAUUCCUACUCAGUUGGAUUUUUUGUGGCCGAUACGGUUUCCAUAGAGCAGGAGUAUGAGAUUCCUGGAUUUGUUUUCCUUUGUUCCGAUAAGCAGGCUGGAGAUUUCAACAAAGAAGAUGGGAUACUGGGCUUAGGCCUGGUCAGCACUAGCAUUGAAUUUGGUAGCUUUUCUCUUACAUCCAUCUUUGACAAUGUAUUUUGUUAUUGUCUUCCCACUUCUGAUAACUCAAUGGGAUAUGUUUAUUUUGGUGAGAAAGCUCAAGAGAAGUGCCCGUUUUCCGGUUCUUACACACCGCUUCUAACAGGCUCUGACCCCACCCAUUAUUUUGUAAAUCUUAUUGCCAUGACAAUUGGGCAGUCAAGAAUGGAGAUUUCUUCGGAUGGAUCAUCUCCGAGUGCCUUUAUAGAUUCGGGAACCGUCAUUACCCGUCUACCUUCGUCGGUCUAUUCGGCAUUGCGUACCCAGUUCAAAAGAUUGAUGUGGGGAUACCCGAGUGCUCGUCUUGAUAACGUACUGGAUACGUGCUAUAACCUGGAGGGGUAUGAAAAGCCGGAAAUACCUACAAUGGUACUACAUUUUGAAAAUUUGGAUUUAAAUUUGGAAGAAAAUGCAGUUACCUGGAAAGCCAAUGGCAUGUCUCAAGUUUGCUUGGCAUUUGCUGAAACCAAGGACGACGUCGCAAUCAUUGGUAAUCAUCAACAACAGAAUCUGAACAUACUCUAUAACAUCCCAGAUCAGAGGGUGGAAAUUGGACCCGGUAGUUGCUAAAAUUUCAUGCAGGAAUCAAUAAGAGCCUAGGUCCUGCUCCUUCCAAGUUCAUGGGUUUUAGGUCUUCGUGAUUGGGUGUAUUGUUUUUAUUUGGGUUUGGUUCACUGGUUAUU